GGGAGGCCCCACCUGCGCCUGCAGGAGCGUCAGCUGCGCCGGCUGCGCUUGAGGCGGCUGCUGAGGCGCCGCCAUCUUGCCUCCGCCUCAGCCUGCGCGGCUCCGUAGUUCCUCUCGACUACCUCUCCCGGCAUGCAGCGCGGGGCGCAGGCGCGGGCGGGCUGGAUCCCGGCAUGCAUUGCGCACGAGAACUCGCCUGAUUGGCGGCGGCGGGAGCUAUAUCCCCCACAGUGCAUUGCGGCCAGGACUCCAUUUCCCGACAUGCCUUUCGGGACGGCUUCUUUCUGUGCGAGGGAAGGCGGCUAUAUCGCGCUAUGGCAGUUCCCCUCACACCUGUAGGUGCCGAACAAUGGAUUUCCCGCGCGCAUAAGCAGCCUGCGACGUUUUCCCCUCUUCCCGGAAGUGGCUUGACGUAGCAGCCCGAACUACAUUUCCCAGCGGGCUUCGCGGCGGAAAAGGGGGGGUGAUUAAGCCCCGCCCCCCGUUGACUGGCGUAGCCUGUUGCUCCUGAGGGGGGUUCGCGAUGGCGCCAACUAUCCAGACUCAGGCGCAGCGGGAAGAGCCCGGGCACAGGUAGGGGUGACGUCACUCCCCUCUCCCGGACGCCUGGGUCCCCUGUGGAAGAAGGAAGUGGGGAGGGGUCUCCUGCUCCCUCCCCCCCCCGCCCAGCAGUUCUCCCCAAAGGGUCCUAAGAGGGGGAGGGGCUGAGCCCGGACACCUGGGUCCCUCUGCCAGGCGCCUUGUUCUUAAGUCCCUUUGAGUCGUUUCCGUUAAAAACUGAGAAAUAAAGUGAGGAAUAAAGCAGUAAACAGAAAGUAAUAGUACUUAUUGUUUUAACUCGUCUUAAAAACUGCUUUUAAUGCUGUGUUUUGAUGCUGAAAACUGCCUUGGGACCUUAGGAGUGAGAGACAGGUAAGGAACAAUGCCACUCAUAAUAUGGACAAGCUGGAAGGUGGGCAGAGAGGGGCGACCAAGACGAUCAAGGAAACCAAGCCUGAUGAGGAGCGGUCGAAGGAGCUGGGUAGGUUUAGCUUAGAAAAGAGGAGACUGAGGGGAGAUAUUAUGGCCAUCUUCAAAUACUCGAAAAAUUAGAAUAUCAUGGAAAAGUUCAUUGAUUUCAUCAGCUGUAUGCCAUAAUCAUCACAAUUAUAACAUAUAAAGGCUUGACAUAUCUCGCUUUGCAUGUCAUGAGUCCAUCUCAUAUAUUAGUUUCACCUUUUAAGUUGAAUUCCUGAAAUAAAUGAACUUUUCCACAAUAUUCCAAUUUUUUGAGUUUCGCCUGUAUCUUCAGGGCCGACACCUGGAAGGUGGUGCAAACUUGCUUUCUCCUGCUCCGGGGUGUGUGUGUGUGUGUGUGUGUGUGUGUGUGCCUGAACCAAUGAAUUCAAAAGGAGAUUCUGACUAAACCGUUCCACCAAGUCUCAUUUCUUAUGCGCCGGCAUCUCUGUGCUAAAGUAUCAGUAACCCCAUCUCUCUAUCUCUUUUUCCUCAGGCCCAACUCCCACCGGACGCUUCCUGAGAGGUAAAGAUCACCCCCUUGCCAUCCCUCACCUCUUGCUUGGAGCGUGGCAAGUGGUCUCACCUCCCUUUCUCACAUUUCCCUUUGCAGGUCGGGGGUAGUGUGUCGUGUCAAGUAUUGCAACAGUCUCCCCGAUAUCCCCUUUGACCCCAAGUUCAUCACAUACCCAUUUGACCAGAACAGGUGAGCAAUGAGAGGCUCAGAUGUGAGGCUGUCAUUUUCUGCACAUUAGCACAUCCACAGUGGAUCCUCCGGGGUCUUAAACAGACUGACUUUUCUGUAGCGCAUGGCGAGUUAAUUCUGAAGUUAAAUCUGCAGGUUAUCAGGCUGCAAAGUGCCGAAUGGAUAUGACCUCUUAAGUCUGCAUGUAAAAAUAGAUCAUAGAAGAUGUGCAAUGCUUAUGUGAAAAGUUACACAGAGGAAACAAAAGUGAAUGGGCAGUCAUUGGUUGCUAAAAUAGUUUUUUUAUUUUACAAAAAGUUGGCGCUGUUUUAUCUGCUCACAUUUUUAUAUUGCCAUGUUUUAUUCUUCCUUCUGUUAGUUUACUGUUAGCUGCUUUAGGCAUCAUUUAGGGAAAGGCAGGAUCCAUUCAGCAUUUUUGAAAGGUGUCUCCAAUCAAUUGGGUUGCAGAAUUAAAGACUGAUUAUUUUUGUGGAAACCGCAUAUUGCCGGUUCAUAGUCUCUCCUGUGCCAGAGAGAAAGGUGAAUGCCCCCACUAUUCUCUUUCAGCUUCUGCCUUCUGGAAGAAGGUCCAGGGUUAUAAAGACUAGGACUAGCUGCCUGAGAAACAGUUUCUAUCCAAAUACGAUUUUGAUUUUAAACGCAGUGUAAGGUAGUCCCUAUGGGAGUAUAUUGAAUUUAAUUAAGGGGUGUCAGAGUUUUUAGGGGGUCAACCAGGCUGGGAUAGCUGGGAUGGCAGGCUUGUUGGUUUUUGAAUGUCUGAUGUAGAUUUUUCAAUUUCGUUGUUCUGUAUGGGACAAUGACAGUAAAGAUUAUCGUAUUGUAAAUUAGUGUUCAGAGGCACAUUUUUUGCAGAUUAAAACUCAUAAUUAGAACUGCCCUUUAGCUGGAGAACAGUGCAAGCAUUUUUUUAUGACAUACCCAUGCAAAAGUGGAAAAUGCUUGUCCUUGUAUAUUUUGAAAUAAUUAUCAUCCUUUGAAAUUCUGCUUAUGCUUUUUCUGCUGCUUGACCUGCCUCUUGCUGUUGUCACCUUCCAGGUUUGUACAGUACAAAGCCACCUCUCUGGAGAAGCAGCACAAACAUGACCUCCUGACUGAACCCGACCUGGGGGUCACCAUAGAUCUAAUCAACCCCGAUACAUAUCGCAUCGACCCCAACGGUGAGAGGAGUUGCGGGACCGGGAAAUCUUAAUAACCGUGCGGGACCUGGGUGGCACUGUAGUCUAAACCACACAGCCUCUUGGGGUUGCUGAUCAGAAGGUCGGCGGUUCGAAUCCCCGUGACGGGGUGAGCUCCCGUUGCUCGGUCCCUGCUCUUGCCAACCUAGCAGUUUGAAAGCUCACCAGUGCAAGUAGAUAAAUAGGUACCGCUCUGGCGGGAAGAUAAACGGCAUUUCCAUGCGCUUUGGUUUCCGUAACAGUUGCGCCAGAAGCGGUUUAGUCAUGCUGGCCACAUGACCCGGAAAGCUGUCUGCGGACAAACGCCGGCUCCCUCUGAAAGUGAGACGAUCACCGCAACCCAAUAGUCGCCUUUGACUGGGCUUAACCAUCCAGGGGUCCUUUACCUUUUUAAUAACCGUGCACAGCAGUUGUGGGUUCCGAUUGUGGAGAUGUGACUGAUACAUUUUGGAUUCCCAUUGCGCAACCUGCUUGAUGUCACACACAAAUAUGUUGUGUAUUAGGAUGCCAAUUUUUAAAUGUGGUUGCCCAUCCGUCUGUUUCGGGAGGCAAUAGAGGAGUGAAGUCAAACCGAAGUUCAAGAGUUACCUACAGCACCUACUUUGGCUGCAGAGACCGAUAUGGGAGAGACAUGUUUUGUUGCAGCUGGGGCUGACAAAGGCAUCAGUCACUGCGGUUGUCUGCAAGGAAUUCCCCACAAGGCCUGGGUUGAUGUCCAUGGCAAAAAAAGCCCACUUUAAUUGUCUGCGAUUGGUACAUCUUAAUGUGACUGUAUCAGGCUGUCAUGGAUGUGCUGAAGACAAUCAGAACUCCAGGAAGACUGGCCAGAGGCGGAUUCCCAGGAUUUGGCUGAAAUAGCUAGACCAGGCUAGGUGUGUAAAUAAGGGGUAACAGCCUUCGGCCUCUAACCACUGCUACACCUUCUUUGGCUUCUUGCAGUUCUUCUAGAUCCCGCCGACGAGAAGUUGCUGGAGGAAGAGAUCCAAGCGCCAACCAGUUCCAAGAGGUAAUGGUUUUCACCUGGGCCGGGAUUCUAAACCCCAAAGCACUCCUCCGACUGCAGACGCCUGCGAGAAAACCCUUUUCUGCUCUCCGUUGUGUCCCUUAUCUCGCUUCCGAUCACUUGCCCAUCAGCGGCUUUGUUUCAACACCCACUUCCCUCUUUCAAAAAAAAAAAAGCAUGAUCUGCUUUUCUCCCCUGGGCAAUUUGGCUCCAGGGACCACGCAUUUGCUCCAUAAGACGCACAGACAUUUCCCCUUACUUUUUAGGAAGAAAAAAGUGUGUCUUAUGGAGCGAAAAAUACGGUAUAUGUUAGGUGGGAAAAAUACUCUUAGAAUCAUAGAAUUCUAGAGUUGGAAGGGACCUCUGAGGGUCAUCUGGCUCAACCCCCUGCAAUGCAGGAAUUCUGGCUGCAGGCAUCCCUGGGUGGGCUUCAACCACCAACCUUCUGGUUAGCAGCCAGUUGCACUGACCCGUUGCAGAGCAGGAGGGCUCUUCACUGCCAAUAAUAUUAUAAUAGUAAUAAUAAUAAUAAAUUUUAUUUAUACCCCGCCCUCCCCGGCCAGAGCCAGGCUCAGUGUGGCUAACACCAGUAAAAUUACAGUAAAAACGUAAUAGGAAAAAACCCCAAUUUAAAAUACAGGUUAAAAUACAAUUUAAAAUGCAGCCUCAUUUUAAAAGUAGCCCAUAGAUCAAGACCAUAAGGGGAGGGAAACGUAAGGGUCCGACUGAGCCCAAAGCAAAGGCCAGGUGGAACAGCUCUGUCUUGCAGGCCCUGCGGAAAGAUGUCAAGUCCUGCAGGACCCUAGUCUCUUGUGACAGAGCGUUCCACCAAGUCGGGGCCAGUACUGAAAAAGUCCUAUGAAAUAGCUCAGUGAUUGAAAUGAAGCAACUUGUACGUUUCUGUUGCCAGUAGGAGUGGCCAUGGACAACCCAGCAGCUUUUCCUUCCUAGGUCUUUCUCACAGGUGUUGCAGACCAUCUGGAGGGCUAGGAACGUGGCUGUGGGAAUUGGGAGGAUUGCAGUACUCAGAAAUGCCUCUGGAGGGAGACAAGAGACCCAUGUGAAUUCUUCCUAAAAAAAUAAAAUCUCUCUUUGCAGAUCCCAGCAGCAUGCCAAGGUGGUGCCAUGGAUGAGGAAGACCGAAUACAUCUCCACAGAGUUCAACCGCUACGGCGUCUCCAACGAGAAGCCGGAGGUUAAGUGAGUAGAAAUUAAACAUAUUUUUAAAAGCUGCUGUUUCAACAUAAAAAAACAAUAGUGAUGAACGUGAUAAAUCUUUGAGUUUCUGGACCAGGCCUUCAAAGCGUCCAGAGAGAUCUGUUUCAGCCAGUUUCCCAAAGUUCCUCCAGAGGACCGCUGUGGUCUUCUUUUACCUGGGUAAACGACUCCUUUCUGAUACAUAUUUCGUUCCUGGUUCUCAAUCAGGAUUGGCGUGUCUGUCAAGCAACAGUUCACAGAGGAAGAGAUCUACAAGGACAGAGAUAGCCAGAUUGCGGCCAUUGAGAAGACCUUUGAGGAUGCUCAGAAGUCGGUGAGCUGUCCGGGGUGGUUCCUUUUUUUGGGAAAUGAAACCGCUGUCCUCUCACUGUUGCACUUUUGUAAAGGGGAUGAUGAUGAUGAUUGACAGAUUGAUGGACUCACCCUGAGGUUCCAGGGCGGGUUAAGUAUUAAAACACAAUAGGUAAAGGUAAAGGGACCCCUGACCAUUAGGUCCAGUUGUGGCCGACUCUGGGGUUGCGGUGCUCAUCUCGCUUUAUUGGCCGAGGGAGCCGGCGUACAGCUUCCAGGUCAUGUGGCCAGCAUGACUAAGCCGCUUCUGGAGAACCAGAGCAGCGCACGGAAACGCCGUUUACCUUCCCGCCGGAGCGGUACCUAUUUAUCUACUUGCACUUGACAUGCUUUCGAACUGCUAGGUGGACAGGAGCAGGGACCGAGCAACGGGAGCUCACCCCAUCGUGGGGAUUCGAACCGCCGACCUUCUGAUCGGCAAGCCCAAGAGGCUCUGUGGUUUAACCCACAGCGGCACUCGAAUCCCUUUAAUUAAAACACAAUACUCAGAGCUUGAAGCUGCCCACCUGGCCAGGAAAUGCAGGGGUGGACGGCAGCAUAAAUAUGUUUGCUGUGCCCCUUUGGGAGGACAAUGCUUUUCGGGGAUUUGGGGGCGCAGUUCUGAGAAGCUUAUUGGUGUCCUUGCCUCCGCUGGCCUCACCCACAUUUCUCACUUCCAAAUUCUUCCUCCAGAUCGCUCAGCACUACAGCAAGCCUCGGGUCACGCCGGUGGAGGUCAUGCCUGUCUUCCCUGACUUCAAGGUGAGAUCGAAAGAAGGGACAGUUGGAUUAUUUUAUUUUAUUUUAUUUUAUUUUAUUUUGAUUAUUAUUAUUCUUUAUAAUCACUCUUUCCUCCAGGGACAUCGAAUAACUUACAAAAAAAUCAUCAAAAAUCUAACUAUAACAUACAUCAAAAUCAUCCUCCUAUUAGUUAUGCAUAACAGUAUAUUCUUUUGUCCCUAUUCAUUUAUCCUAAUUUUUCCCCUCCCUUCCUCCCUCCCUUUUACCCCUCCCCCCCCAAAACUUGUUCUCUCUUCAAAUCUUUAACCAUGUGCACAGAUUAAUCAUUCUAAUUUGAAUGCUUGGGUUGGUUCCCCCCGUGCUAUCCAAUUCCUAUAACUUGUCCAUUGAUUCAAAAUCUUUUGACAUUUGUUUUCCCAUGUAUCUUCCGUCAUUGCCUUUUCAAAUACAUCAGAUUGUAUAUGUUCAAAAACAUAGUCAUUCCAUUUUUCCAUUGUCCAUUUAUCCUUUUCUUUCCAUCCUGAUGCAAUAACAAGCAUACCAGCUAAGAUCAUAAUUUUAUACCAAUAUUGCUCUUUUCUUUCUACAGUGGUGCCUCGCAAGACGAAAUUAAUCCGUUCCGCGAGUGUCUUCGUCUAGCGGUUUUUUCGUCUUGCGAAGCAACCCUAUUAGCGGCUUAGCGGUUUAGCGGCUAUUAAAGGCUUAUCGGCUUAGCGGAUUAGCUGCUAAAAGGCUAUUAAAGGCUUAGCGGCUUAGAAAAAGGGGGGGAAAGCAGAAAAAAAAUCUCAAGACUCGCAAGACAUUUUCGUCUUGCGAAGCAAGCCCAUAGGGAAAUUCGUCCUGCGAAGCAACUCAGAAACGGAAAACCCUUUCGUCUAGCGGGUUUUCCGUCUUGCGAGGCAUUCGUCUUGCGGGGCACCACUGUAUUUUACUAUUCCCCAGUAUUCCUGAGAUAAACAUCUCUCUAUAUAUGUGCAUAUACUCCUAACUCUUGACCCCUAACUCUAUGUAUGGGGGCAGUUGGAUCUAAGAUGUUUGGGGCUUUGUAUACAGCAGCCCUGCUCUCGCCACUAGGCCUCUCUCCACCUGCUUGGUUCCUAUGGUUUUUCGACUGCGAAAAUUCCUUUCCUGUUUAUUUGCGAAGGGUCCGUAGGCAGGGAGAGCGAGAUUAGAGAGGUGCUGGGCUCUUGGCAAAGGUGGAUGAACCACUGAGCGAAACAAGCGCUUGCUUAGGGCAUCAAGGGAAGGGGGGAAGCCACAGAAAUUUUCCAUGGCCGGAUUUUUAACAUUUAGUGGUCACAAAUUGCUCAGCUUGGCGUUCCUUUUCUCAGCCGAAGUAUAUUAAAAACCCCAACAGAACAACAAUUCAACAAGGCAUGCGGAAUGCUUAUCUCCUUUAAGUAUAGAAGCAGAUGGUUUUGAGGAUCUGAUCAAAGACUUGUGCAGUUGGAAAAAGUAGGAGAAAACUUUCCGAAUACAAAUAAAGCGGAAGUACACGUGUACCUUGGUUAUCACGCAGAAUGCGUCCCGGGAGUCUUGUUCGACUUCCGGAACUGUUCGAAAACCAAGACAUGGCUUCUUGCAUCCUACAGCCGAUCAGAAGCCACGCCAGACGUUCGGCUUCUGAAAAUCAUUCGAAAACCGGAACGCUCACUUCCGGUUUUCGAUCAUUCGGGAGCUGAAAUGUACGAGUUCCAAGGCGUCCGGCAACCGAGGUACAACUGUAUACAAAAACAUUACUUUCCAUGUUACUGUAGGUUUUGUCUCGUUUCGAAAAAUAAAAUUUUAUCUUGUGGUUUAUAAUUGCGUAUAUUUUAGAUUAGAGAUAUAUGGGGGCACCAAAAUAUUUUAAGUGCUCAGGGCCUCUAAAGGUCUUAAUCCGUGCCUCUCUGCCUAAGAGGAGAGUAAGACUCAGGGGGUGGAGUAGUAGUCGCCCUGGUCUCGCACCCAUUCCCUGUUUUUGCACGCAGAAGCCCCUCCUUUAUUCUCCUCGGACUGCACAGUCAGGCCCAUUUGGGGCGAAUCCUGGAGCAUAGCUGUCGACUUUUCCCUUUUUUUGCGAGGAAUCCUAUUCGGAAUAAGGGAAGUUCCCUUAAAAAAUGGGAAGUGUUGACAGCUAUGUCCUGGAGGGGUGGGGCUGAGGCACUUCUAAGGAGGCCCUGCCAGCUGUGUGCCAUUUCUGGAGGGUUCUUGCCAUGCCGUAAGCUGUUCUUCUUCCGCCCUCUGCCAGAUGUGGAUCAACCCCUGCGCCCAGGUCAUCUUCGACUCCGACCCAGCGCCCAAGGACACCAGUGGGUCAGCCGCCCUCGAGAUGAUGUCCCAGGCCAUGAUUAGGUACGGAAAUGCAGUUCUCUUCGUGGGAAACGGGAAUUCUUCCAAGCCUCACUUUGAGAAGCUGUGCUGGGGUUGACCCUGAGGCCUUCUGCAUGCUGGGCAGGUCUCCUGCCACCAAACCAUAGCUGUCAACCGUCCCUUAUUUGGCGGGAAAGUCCCUUAUCCCAGCGCUGUGUCCCGCUGCUGUCCCUUAUUGAUGAUGUCCCUUAAAUUUCCCGGGUUUCAAAGGAAGCAGCUCCUCUCCCUCCCUCCCUCCCUGCCGGCCAGGGAGGAGGGAGGCUCCAACUGUGUUGCUUGGCUGCGUUGCUCACCCAAUAAGGAGUCUAAGAACGACUCGGGGGUGGAGCUUGCAUGCCUUGUUCUGAUCAAAUUGGCCGCGUUGCCUGGGGACUCGCCUUUGCUCAGCGCUUCCCAGCGGAGAGGUGACGGUGGUUUUCCUUGCUGCAUCCCCUUUGCCGGGUUGCUGCGCUGUGGGAACCACCGCUUGAGGCUUCGUUUGGCUGCUGGCUGGGCUUUCUGCCUUUGGCUCGGAGGGGCUCAGAAGUUGAACAUACCUGUGUUCGGAAAAUCCCUUAUUUUGGCUGCUGAUCCCUUAUUUUCGAGGCUGCUGGUCCCUUAUUUUUAAAUCUGGAAGUUGACAGCUAUGCACCAAACUCCAGUCUCUCCAUGACAAACUGGUUUGCUAAUGGAUUCCAUGCAAGAGAUAACUUUCCUCUUUCUCUCUCUCUCUCUCUCCCCCCCCCCCCAAAUUCCAGGGGCAUGAUGGACGAAGAAGGGAACCAGUUUGUGGCCUACUUCCUCCCUGUGGACGACACAAUGCGCAAACGCAAACGGGACCAAGACGAAGAGAUGGACUACGCUCCCGAGGAUGUGUACGUGUGCCAACCGAGAGGGCGCGCGGGUUGUCUGGUUAAGAAAGCAGAACUUUACGGGGAGACCUUUUAUUUUAAAAAAUCCCCGCACUUGGAAAACCAACACGUCAGGCGUGUUUCCUGCCCAAGCCGUCUCCCUGACACACUACCUUUCUGCACGCGGGGACUUGUUUUCUCCUGCUCCAAAGGGCAGGGCUCAAACCCAGUGGCUUCAAGUUUAAGAAAGGAAAUCCCAAAUAAACAUUUGGGGAGGACUUUCUUUCUUUUUUUUUGCGAUUUUAAUCCAAGUCCUUUAUUAUGAAAAUUAACACAGCUUGCUCAAAAUUCAGCUUAAAAAGAGAUAAGCCUGUUUACAUAUUAUAAGGGAGAGGGAAGAUCAGUUAUUAUUUCAUCCAAAGUGGCCAGGAAGUCUAGAGUGGACUGCAGGGUAUCAUAGCUCCAUGAAAUGGAAGGCUCUUUUGCAGGUACAGAGAUUGUGCUUGCAAAUCUGUCAGAGGCAUUUUCAAAUACCAUCAGAGGAACUCCAGUCAGGGGCGUGUGGCUCAGCCUGUGAUCUUCGGGAACUUCAAAACUCUCAAAAGUCUAAAGGAUCAUAGGAAAAGAGGUUCUCCUUUUCUGGAUAGUCUUCAGGAACCAUGCCGCUGCUUUCAACUCUGUUUGCAGUUUCAGUAGCCUUUUUCGUAGAAGACUUUUUUCCUUUUGGGAAGUUGCUCUUUGUUGUUGUUAAAGGCCCACUCAAAUUUCCUAGAACCUCCCUGACAGACUGGAAUGCUGCUGGAUUUAUGUCAGCUGUCCUUCCGACAAGUGGAGUCUUGGGGCAAGACCUUUCAGCAAAACUCUUUGAUGGUGCAGAUACCAAUUGCACCCGACCCUUAGAAGAAGCAACCGUGCCAAUUUCAUCAUUCUCUUUUUCUAUGUACCAUAUUUUUCUCUCUAUACCAGACCAUAAGACGCACCUAGUUUUUGGAGGAGGAAAACAAGAAAAGAAAAUAUUCUGAAUCUCGGAAGCCAGAACAACAAGAGGGAUCGCUGCGCAGCGAAAGCAGCGAUCCCUCUUGCUGUUCUGGCUUCUGGGAUAGCUGCGCAGCCUGCAUUCGCUCCAUAAGACGCACACACAUUUCCCCUUACUUUUUAGGAGGGAAAAAGUGAGUCUUAUAGAGCAAAAAGUACGGUAAAUUUGUGCUGCCAUCACUUUGACACCCAAGGAUUGCUGCCUAAAGGAAUCAAAGAACACUAAAAGCGAUAACACCACCAACCUUGGGGAGGACCUUCUGACAGCAAGGGCUGUUCAGCAGAAGAACGGCCUCCGAUUCUCCUUCUUGGAGGUUUUUAAACUGAAGUUGGAUGGCCAUCUGUCAGGGAUUCAGUUGUGAUUCCUGCAUUGGACCAGAUGACAGUUCUGUGCUUAUAUUUUGAAGGAGCCUGGGUAGAACGGUUUGCCCUCUCAGCCGAUGGGAUUAUUGGAAGGGGGCGGGAGAACACCUCGGAAUGAAUAUGGGGGUGCUGCAAAUCCCUCACCCAUUUCUUUCUAUCCCUUUCCUCCAGGUACGAGUACAAGAUCGCCCGGGAAUACAACUGGAACGUCAAGAACAAAGCCAGCAAGGGCUACGAGGAAAACUACUUCUUCAUCUUCCGGGAGGGCGACGGGGUCUAUUACAACGAACUGGAGACCAGGUGAGGUAGAGGGAGUAACUGAAGCCUUUUGGGGGGGGGAGUGUUCUGGUGGCCAGGGGGGCCUCCAGGUAAAAGGGUCUGGGGCUAUUGGGGGGGGCACGGUGUUGGUGGUGGUGCCAGGGCCGGCUGGAGCUGCCCAGCCCUUUUCCUUUCUCCGCUGAGCACAUGGUUAACCUGUGGAACUCCCUGCCACAGGAGUCAGGGAUGGCCACCAACGAAGACGGCUUUAAAAGAGGAUUAGUCACUCUUAUUUACGUAUUUCUUGUUUCUUGUUUGCUCUCUUUAUAUACUGCCUUUCAUCCGAAGAUGAAAGUUUGCGGCGUAAAAAUGCAAAACGGAAGCACAAAAUAGAUAACGAAAACGAGGACAAAAGCAAUACAAAAACAAAUUAUGAAGGAAGAGAAAAAUAUCGGUGGCUACUUGCCAUGAUAGCUAUAAUAAUAAUAAAUCAUUUAUAUCCCGCCCUCCCCAGCCGAAGCCGGGCUCAGAGCGGUUAACAACAAUAAAAGUAACACAGCAUUCUAAAAUCAAUUCAUUCUAAAAUCAAUUCAAAAUCAAAUUGAUGGCAACCAUUGGGCUAGACUUCUAUGAGGAUCACCAAAGGAGGGGGUCAGACUGCGCCUUGGCCAAAGGCCUGGUGGAACAGCUCCGUCUUGCAGGCCCUGCGGAAAGAUGUCAAGUCCCUCAGGGCCCUAGUCUCUUGUGACAGAGCGUUCCACCAGAUCGGGGCCACGGCCAAAAAAGCCCUGGCCCUGGCCCUGGUUGAGGCCAGCCUAACCUCCCUGUGGCCCGGGACCUCCAAGAUGUUUUUAUUUGAAGACUAUAAGGUAUUUUGUGGGACAUACCAGGAGAGGCGGUCCUGUAGGUACGAGGGUCCUAACCCAUAUAGGGCCUCCCUGGUCAGAUAAAUGCUUCUGAACGCCAGUUUCUGGAGACGGCAGGAGGGGAGAGUUGCUCCUGUCCUCAAAUCCUCCUUGCGGGUUUCCCACAAUGGGCAUGUUAGGAUCUCAUGGAACCUCCAGGUCCAGAGGCAGUCUAUCUAGACUCCUAUUUUGGGGGGGUAUUUGGCCACCGUGAGACUAGCUGGGCCUGAUCCAGCAGCCUCUUCUUCUUAGUCCUUUCCCCCCGGCACAUGUUGCAUCCGAGCUGCGGGUCCUGCGUGGCAGGGGGUGGGCUGGAUGACCUUUGGGGGUACCUUCCAAUACUUUGAAUUUAUGAAAUAAGGGCCUCCCCAGAGAUAUCCCAUUGUGUUCCCUCUGCUGGUCACCACCGUGACCCCGCUAAGUGGCACAGGUGGUUCUGGCAUGCAACCAGCCCCUUGCCGCCCCCAAUUUUGUGCAACACGCCACCAGCACUCGAGGGCUGUAUCCUGCUGCCAGGGCAUGUGUGUAUGCGCAGAGUCGGGCCCCUGCUCCCUCCUUAACCUCUCCCUCCCCGUCACAGAGUGCGGCUGAGCAAGCGGCGAGCCAAGGCCGGGGUGCAGUCGGGAACCAAUGCUGUUCUGGUGGUGAAGCACCGAGAUAUGAACGAGAAGGAGCUGGAAGCACAGGUAAGGCUGGCGUGGGGGAACCCAGGGGAACCAGGAAUCCGGGCUCUGAGCUUCAACCCCAUCUCUUUUUUCUUAUUUUUUCAAUAAUUUUUUAAUUAGCUUUUCAACAUAUCAUUUUCAACAAUAAUUGCACGUACUUUUGCAUUUUUUUUUACUUCAAUCACAUCUGAAAAUUUUCCAAUCUAUUCAUUUAAUUUACAUUUCUUAUUUUCACUAUUACAUUUAAGUCUCAUAUCUAAUAUCUCUUUUCUUUCUCUUCUUUGUAACACUUCGUAUAUUUCCCCUUACAAAGCUUCUUGUAGUCCUGCUAGCGUAAUUUGUUGGAUUACAGUUGCUCUUCAAAUAAUUUGUAUAUUUCUUCCAAUCUUCUGCAAAUCUCUGGUCCCGCAGGUUUUGAAUCCUUCCUGUCAUUUUAUCCAAUUCUGCGUUAAUUUUGUCUGCCAUUCUUUUUUUGUUUUCUUCUUGCUUCCAUUUCUGGGCUAACAAUACUCUUGUUGCGUAUAAAAACAAUUUUACAUCCUGUCUACAGUGGUGCCUCGCAAGACGAAAUUAAUCCGUUCCGCGAGUGUCUUCGUCUAGCGGUUUUUUCGUCUUGCGAAGCAACCCUAUUAGCGGCUUAGCGGAUUAGCGCUAUUAGCGGUUUAGCGGCUAUUAAAGGCUUAGCGGAUUAGCUGCUAAAAGGCUAUUAAAGGCUUAGCGGCUUAGAAAAAGGGGGGGGGAGCGAAAAAAAAAUCUCAAGACUCGCAAGACAUUUUCGUCUUGCGAAGCAAGCCCAUAGGGAAAUUCGUCCUGCGAAGCAACUCAAAAACGGAAAACCCUUUCGUCUAGCGGGUUUUCCGUCUUGCGGGGCACCACUGUAUUAAUAUCCUUACUUAUAACGCCAAGUAGAAAUGCUUCUGGAUUUUUUAGAAAUGUAUAUUCCAACAUCUUUUUAAACUCGUUAUAUAUCAUUUCCCAAAAGUUUUUUACUUUCUUACAUUCCCACCACGUAUGAUAAAAUGUUCCUUCGAGUUUCUACCCCAUCUCACUGCCCCGCUCUGGCCAUUGGAGCUGGCCGGAUGCUUAAUGGAAGCGAGGAUCAUUGACGGAAUUAGAACCAAUUCCUAGAGAGAGGAGAGGCAAACCACUGGCUAUCGGCCACCAUUUGUUGUUGUGUAGUCGUUUAGUCGUGUCCGAGUCUUCGUGACCCCAUGAACCAGAGCACGCCAGGCCCUCCUGUCUUCCACUGCCUCCCGCAGUUUGGUCAGACUCAUGCUGGUAGCUUCGAGAACACUGUCCCACCAUCUCGUCCUCCGUCGUCCCCUUCUCCUUGGGCCCUCCAUCUUUCCCAACAUCAGGGUCUUUUCCAGGGAGUCUUCUCUUCUCAUGAGAUGGCCAAAGUAUUGGAGCCUCAGCUUCAGGACCUGUCCUUCCAGUGAGCACUCAGGGCUGAUUUCCUUCAGAAUGGAGAGGUUGGAUCUUCUUGCAGUCCAUGGGACUCUCAAGAGUCUCCUCCAGCACCAUAAUUCAAAAGCAUCCAUUCUUUGGCGAUCAGCCUUCUUUAUGGUCCAGCUCUCACUUCCAUACAUCACUACUGGGAAAACCAUAGCUUGAACUAUACAUAGCUUUAACCAUAGCUUUAACUAUAUCAGCCACCACUAGAGAUACGGAAAUCCAGUUCGGUCCUUGGCAUCUGGGGCCUGGUGCACCUCAAUCUCUGAAGGCCAGGCCUUCUCUUCCGGUCGAAAUUCUCUGGAAAGGAGGACUUGGGGUGGGAGACGGAAGACAAAAGUCUGCCCCCUGGGAAGGAAGGUGCCUCUGCUCACUGGUACCUUUGGGGUUCCUAAGUUCCUAGAACAAUUUUGGCCAUGGCAGUUCCGUCGAGCCUCCAUGUUCCGAAGCAGUCUAUACCUUGUGGGGGGGGGGGGGAGUCAGGAGAGAACAAGGUUUUUCCCACCGUGCUUGAUAGAUAGGUUCUCAGGGGCAUCCCAUCAGCCGCUUUUGAGGGGGCAGAGGGCUCGACCCUUCAGCUGGUCUUGGCCGGGUUAGGCUAAGUCAGGGGUUGGCAAGGUUUAAAUUGCCUGGGCCGGUUCACUCCAGCGUCGAUCCCUCUGGGCUGGAUUGCGUGUGCGCGUGAGCGCGCACGCGAUUUCCAAAGUCUGCGCAGAUGCGAUUUCCAGCGUCUUCGUCUGCACAGAUGCAAUUUCUGGUGUAUGCGCAGACGCAAUUUUUGCUGACACAAGUCCCUCCGCCAUGUUGUGCCGGUUUGGUGCAGUGCGCAGGGACUCGCCGAGUGGGUGGCUUGGUUUGGGGGCGGCUCGUGGGCCAGUUAAACGACCCCCAUGGGCCUUAGGUUGCUGACCCCUGGGCUAAGUGAACCCAGAACCUGGGGAAAUGUCAUAAUAGUAAUAAAACCAUAAUUUAUUAUUUAUACCCCGCUCAUCUGGCUGGGUUUCCCCAGCCAAUCUGGGCGGCUCCCAACAGACUAUUAAAAAUAGAAUCAAACAUUAAAAACUUCCUAAAGAGGGCUGCCUUCAGAUGUCUUCUAAAAGUUUGGUACUUAUUUUUCUCUUUGACAUCAGGUGGGAGGGCGUUCCACAGGCGGGUGCCACCACCGAGAAGGCCCUCUGCCUGGUUCCCUGUAACCUCACUUCUCGCAGGGAGGGAACUGCCAGAAGGCCCUCAGAGCUGGACCUCAGUGUCUGGGCAGAACGAUGGGGGUGGAGACUGACUGGAUGACAAGGAGUGGUGGGAGGCACCGGCCGGGGAACCCCCAAGGGAGGUCCCAGAGGCUCUGAACCCCAGGGGUUGACGGAGCGGUCAGAGGGAGAUUGGAAGGGGAUGCUGGAUACAGAUGGGACAACAGGGUUUAGUGAGCAGGAGGAACCUGUGACAGGGAGCAGCUCAGACUCUGAGGCUGAAGCAGAGGAAGGGGGUCAAAAAUGCUGAAUUAUCCAGGGUAUCUCCCUCUCCUGUUGCAACAAGUUCCUCUUUCCUCUGAUCUCCAAGCACAUCAAGAUAAUGAGGGCAGAACAGAAGCCAGAGGUGUGCAGGUGCAACUUGAGACUGCUUGGGAAACAUCUGGGAGAGGAGAAGACUUAGGUGGAAGGCCCUGCCUCUUUGUUCUGACCUGACUCCAGCCCUGGCAGGAAUGCCAGUGGAGUUGCUGGAAGUCAGCUGGGGGCAGUUUCUCCUUCCCCAAAUGCCCCCUAACUCGCAGCUCUGUCCCCUGCAGGAAGCCCGCAAAGCCCAGCUGGAGAACCACGAGCCAGAAGAGGAGGAGGAGGAGGAGAUGGACCUGGGCAAAGAGGCCCAAGGCUCAGGUAGGUGCCGGCUUGGCAAAAUCUCUCCCUGGUGCCCCCUCUGCUCGCUGCUGAAGAUCCCUGUGUGGCCAGGCGGCCACAUUGCGGAAUUUGCAGCCUCUGCUUUAAAGAACUCCCCCUGCAUUUUGGCCCCUGGUGGAACACUCCAAAGCAGCUCCAUCGCUGUUGCCUCAUUGGCUGGCGCAGCGGCAUCCAUGUUUCUUAAAGGGGGAGGUCCUGCCUUCCAUCGUGACCCUCUUCGUUUAAAGGGAUGGGAACCGUAUACAGUCAUACCUUGAGUUACAGAUGCUUCAGGGUGCGUUUAUUGGGGGGUUACGGACCACCAAAACCCAGAAGUGCCGGAACCGUUUACUUCCAGGUUUCGGCGGUCGCGCAUGUGCAGAAGUGCUAAAUCGCACUUUGCGCAUGCGCAGAAGCACCACAUUGCACUUCGUACAUGUGCAGAGGCGCCAAAUCACAACGCGCGUGCGCAGACGCGCCGCUGCGGGUUGCGAACGUGCAUCCUGCACGGAUCACGUUCGCAACCUGAGCAUCGGCUGUAUGUUGUGUUUACAGAAAUAUUGUGAAGAAGUGGACUUACUAGCAGGGUUUGAGUAAACACUUAACAAUUAAGAAAACGAGCCUGAAAGUCAAGAUGUAAUAAUAAAGGGCAAGGUGUAAUAUGGAAAAGUAUGGUACAAAAGUGAUAAGAUUGUAACAAUAUCAAAUUAAGAGAUUAUAAAAUUAAGCUAGAAUAAAACAGGCAGGAGAAGUAAAUAAGGAACCAGAAGAGGAAGUUGAGGGAAGUCAUGGGUGAGGGGGAUAGGGAUUUAUAUAUACUUUUUGUGAUAAAAAGGAUUGCGUUGAAUAUAAAACUGUACAACUUAAUAAAAAACUAUUAAAAAAAUAAUAAACGGAUGUUCCUGGCCCGUCCUCCCGCUUUAGGGUCCCCAGAUGUUGUUGGACUACAACUCCCAUCAUCCCUGAGCUCUGGCCUUGCUAGCUAGGGGUGAUGGGAGUUGUAGUUCAACAACAUCUGGGGACCCACAGGUUGAGAAAGGCUGAGCUAGAGCAUUGGGUGAGGAGAGAGCAGGGUUCAAAUCCUCCCAGUUGGCUAUGAAGCUUACCCUGUGGCCCCCACGGGGGGGGGAGAGUAGCCACUGCUUCUCUCAGCCCUUACCCUACCUCAAAGGGUUGUUGUUGUGGGAUUAAAUGAGGGGGAAGAGUCACGUACUGCCACCUUGAUCUCCUUCGGAAGAAACGCAAUCGGUCCCCCUGAAAAGCCAAGCUUUCCCCCGUUUUCCCCCUGUCCGUGUGCUCACCUCUCUCCUUUUCCCGCUCGCCCUAGACGAGGAGCCGGAGAAAGGCAGCGAGAGCGAGAAGGAGGCCAGCGAGGCGGAGGAGGGCGAGGAGGAGGAGGAAGGGCGCUCGGCCAGCGAGAGCGAGCGGGAGGCCAGCGAAGGCGAGGGGGCUCCGGCCGAGGAGAGCGAGGAGGACGAGCGGGCAGCCCGAGACAAGGAGGAGAUCUUCGGCAGCGACGACGACGAGGACGAGGACUCGGAGCAGGAGGGAGGCCAGCGCGACGAAGGCGAGAGCGGCAGCGAGGAGGACGACGACGACGAGGAGGACGAGGAAGGGGGAGACCGGCGCCAGCAGCGCCGUGCCAGCAGCCAGAGCCCCCUCCACAGCGGCAGCGAGGACCGCUCCAACCACGAGGAGGAGGAGGAAGAGGAAGGGGAGGCCAGCGCCAGCGAGGCCCCGUCCGAGUCCAGCGAGGAGGGCAGCGACAGCGACUGAGCAGGCCCUUUUGGAAGUCGCCUUCACCCCUCUCCUGCAGGGGCCACACCUGGGAAUGGACGGUACUUACCUUGGCUGGCUGGCUGGCUGCUUUGUCCCAGUUAAGCCCAGAGGAUUCUGGGAAUUUUCUUUCCUCCCGGCGAACGAGGCGGAUCGGAGGGCUGCCUCCCCGCCACCCGUUUCUGCCGAUCUUCCACCUCCGCCAGCGAACUCUUUGCUGCGAACCUUCUGCAGAAACGACUGGGGUUUGGGGUGUGCGGUGGGACACAGACUCACACGACUUUGGUUCUUCGGCUCCCCUUCUUGUGUUUUUCUCUGCCCCCCGCUGUACAUAAUGCGCCACAUGGCAGUUCUCUCUCUCUCACCCACCCCAAAAUAAAGUUUUUUGCUUCUUGAAUCUCCA